AUGAUAUUUACGGAAAAAUGUUAUUUAAUUGUAAUUAAUAAUAUAUUUAUAGAAUAUGACGAGUUAGAAAAGAAUAUAGCUAAAAUUGAAAGUGAAAUUCCUUGUUUAUAUGAGAAACUAAAAUCACUUUCUGAACCGUUAGCUGAAAUUACAAACGAAUACAUUAGAAAUUCAGAUGCAACUGCUGAAAAAAUUCGUGAGAUUGAGACUCUAAGGUUUCGUUUGCUCAAAUUUUUGCCAUCACAUAAAAGAACUCAAACCGUUUUGGAUGCGAUGAAGAGAUUUGCUAUUUUAUAA